AUGGAGCUGACGAUGCUACCGUUUAUUGGAGUGACAUUCAUGUGCGCGAAUGCUCUCCGCUGUUAUCAUGGCGCAAAUGUGGCACUUCCGGGCACCAGUCUGAAGAAGGCAACUCAAGUACUUGAGUGUGGCCCAUUUGCAUCAUUCUGUCGCCGUGCCUAUGGCUUGAUCAAUGGCGAGCAAGGAUGGAUAUUAUCCUGUAUGGUGAAUACAUCGCUGGGUGCUGAAUAUUGCCUA